UAGAUUAGAGAGGAAAAGACGUGACGCCAGCAGUCGCUCCAGCCUCUGUGGCUGCUCUCUGCCUCGCCGGACACAUAGCUGAGAGUUCAUUUGUUUUUGUAAUUCGUUUGUUAGCUCCUAUACAACAGUGAUUGUUAAUGAGCAAAGACUACUGCUGAUAAUCCCCAACACUGCCUGGAUCCACCCUGUACAGUAGUUUUUACUUUUUUUAUAUUUUAUGAGUAGACCUUAGACCUAUAUUUCCAGUUUGUGCGUCUAUCAUCAGCAGGUUGCUUUCAGUUUCCAUACAUCUAUUACUGUUUAAUCAGAGGUCUUUUGUUUUCUAAUAGUUUUCUUUUUCCUGCACAGAGGAUGUUGUUAUCUGGGUGUUCUUUCCUGUAGUUUGUAGAGCAGGUUGUGUUUGAGGUUUAGAAUCGAUGUGAGAAGAAAAAACUGAUGUCAAGAUCCAACGCUGCCUAAAAAAACAUUCCCUACUUUUUCUACUGACUGGGGAGGACGCUGGGUUGGUGGAUUUAUUCUUCCCCUCCCUGGAUGUGACACUUGGAGCCAUGCUGCUGCUUCUUCUUAUUCUGCUCUGCCUGCAAACUUCACUGCAAGAACAGACUGCUGCUCCUGGUCGGUGUGAUAUCUCACAGAGGGUGGAGGUGCACACCUCCUGCACUUCCUGUGCUGCUGUCUCCACCAGCAGCUGCCCCCAUGGCUUCAGCAAUAUGGGGCCGACCAACUGCAGUUACGUGGUGGAGAUCGGUGGCAGGGACAUGGUGCUGGAUGGAUGUCAGCACAUCUGUGUGAAGGGGUUCAUGCAGCCACGAUGCUGCCCACAGUCCUGGGGACCCCUUUGUGUCUCCUGCCCCAGCUGGUCAGGAAAGACCUGUAACUUCCAUGGAACCUGCCUGGAUGGAGACCUCGGCAACGGGACUUGCGUCUGUGAUGACGGCUUCUCGGGCUUUGCCUGUCAGGAGUGUAAGAAUGAAAACAUCUUUGGAGAAAAGUGUGAUAAAGAGUGUGACUGUGUCCAUGGAGUGUGUAAUCAAGGUCCAGAUGGUGAUGGACAGUGUUUGUGUCAGCCACCGUACACAGGGAAGCGCUGUGACCAAGUGAGUACCAGGUGCAGCAACUGCAGCCCCUACUCAUACUGUAAAGGAGAAGGAGAUGCCGCCGACUGCGAAUGUUUGCCCGGAUACAGAAGGACGCCACAGGGCAAAUGCGCAAGUAUUUGCUCAACGAGGGACUGUGACGUCAACGCCCAGUGCUCCUCACAGGGGUCAAAGGUCAGCUGCGCCUGUAAGCCGGACUACGAGGGCGACGGCAAGAUCUGCAUACCCAAAAACCCUUGCUCCGUGAACAACGGAGGGUGUCCCAUCAACUCCACCAUCUGUGUCUUCAAAGGACCCAACAAGUCCAGCUGCGAGUGUAUGCAUGGCAUGUCCCCUGUAGGUGGCAACGCUGAGUUUGGUUGUCAGCUGGUCUCUGCCUGCUCAGCAGACACCUGUGACCCCACAGCUGACUGUCAAACUAAACUGGAUGGACAGGCCAGGUGUGUAUGUGAUGCGGGUCGGAUUGGUGACGGAUGGCGUUGCUAUGGUAACCUGAUGGAGCGGCUGAUAGAGCUGGACAGGAGUGGAAGCCAGAGAGAAAAUCUGACCGGCGCCGUUGCUAUGUUUGAGAAAGGCUGUUCACUGCUGCUGAGUCACAACGGACCAUUCACGGCUUUCAUCCCCCUGCUGAAAACCCCUCUGACAGGGGUAAAUGAGGAGCUGGUGUGUAAAAACCACCUGAUCCUGGGUCAGCAUCUCUACAAGGAUUUGGAGGGACAUGACUUCAACCUGUAUGGAGGAGCCACGUUGAGGAGCAAAGACAACAAGAGGUUCAUCCUGAUGGACAACCCCAGCAAACUGUACACCGUCAUCCAGGAAGACCUGCCAGCAGCCAAUGGGAUCAUCCACAUCAUCGACCGGCCAAUCACAAACACACUUUCUGACAGGCCUCUUCGUGAUGAGCAGUUUGCUGAUAAGACUAUCGGAGAGAUUCUGACUAAGGAUGAAAAAUACAACCGCUUCCUGUCUCUGGUUGAUAACUGUGGGUCACCGCCCCCCUUUCAUGGUCCAGGGCCCCUGACUGUGUUCGUCCCCACCAACCAGGCUGUGGACAAAUCCAGAGACGGCAGCAUCUUGUACAUGCUCAAUCACGCCAAACAUAAACUUCAGGAACUCCUCAGACACCAUGUUUUCUCCCGGGCUGUGCUGACAGUCGACGAGUUGGCUACUCUCCCUCAGAUUCAGACGAUGGCCAAUCAGAUUGUCACCAUCACUGUGUCCACUGAUGGUGAGAUCCUACUGGGCGAGAAGGGCGUCCGUCUGGCGAGCACCAACAUUGUGGCGUCCAACGGGAUCAUCCAUAUGAUUGAGGGGAUUCUGUACCCGCCAUCCAUUCUCCCCAUCCUGCCUCAUCGCUGUGAUGUCAUCGAGAGCAAGAUCACCGUGAGUCCAUGUGUUCACUGCAGUUACCUCUAUGAGACCGAAUGUCCUGAUGGCACCACUGAAAUGGACAGUCAUCAGAUCGGCUGCGAAUACGUCACGUCCCCCCUCAGGCCGACACUCAGUACAGGCUGCGCCAAAUUCUGCAACGCCACUAGAAAGGUAGCACAGUGUUGUAAAGGUUUCUAUGGUCCGGACUGUAAACCCUGUAUUGGAGGAUUCCAGCAUCCCUGCUACGACAAAGGAACGUGUUUUGACGGUAUCCACGGCAACGGCUCGUGCAGCUGUCUGCCAGGCCUCAGGGGUGUCGCCUGUCACAUCUGCGCGGAUCCAUCCAAGCAUGGAGACAACUGUGAUGAAGAGUGUCGCUGCGUGCACGGUGUGUGUGAUAACCGUCCAGGCAGCGGUGGUGUGUGUCGGAGAGGAUCCUGCAUGGAGGGAUACUCCGGAGAAAACUGUGACAAGACGGCCACGCCCUGCAACUCUGACGGACUGCAGGAACACUGUCACAUCCACGCAUACUGUACACACACAGGACUGCAAACUAUGUGUUUGUGUAGGGAUGGAUAUGAUGGUGAUGGUCACUCCUGUUCUCCCAUCAACCCCUGCCUGAAAAACAACCGAGGAGGCUGCGACACCAACGCAGAGUGUGCGUAUGUGGGUCCAGGUAACGCGUCGUGUGUGUGUGUUGAGGGUUGGACAGGUGACGGGAGAGUGUGUGUUGAGAUCAACAACUGUCAGCUGGAGAGUCGAGGAGGCUGCAGCGCCAACGCCGACUGUAACCACAUCGGACCUGGACAGAGUGAGUGUGUUUGUAAGACAGGUUACAUGGGGGACGGUAUCAUGUGUGACCUCAUUAACCCCUGCCUCCAGAAGAAUGGAGGCUGCCAUGACCUGGCAAAGUGUGAGCGCUCUGUGAAGGGUGGAACUCACACAUGUACCUGUCCUGACGGCUACGCUGGAGAUGGAACCAUCUGCUACGCAUCGUUACUGGAGGAGCUGGACAUGAACCCAAAGCUGUACGGUUUCUACCGACUGAUUCAGAAAUACAGACACCACUCUGAGGACCUGAGUGGGAACCUCACAGUGUUGGUUCCGUCCCGAGACGCUAUGAGGAACAUGAGUUCAGCUCAGGACUUAUUCUGGAGCAGCCGGCACCAUCUGCCUCACUUCCUGCGGGCCCACUUCCUGCAAGGGAUCUACUCUGUAGAAGAUCUGGAUAGACUGGUGGGGAGCAGGCUGCCCACCCUGAACCCCCCCACCUCCUGGAAAAUCAGCAACAGCAGUGGGGUGAUCCAAAUUGGAAACGCCUCCAUCCUCACCCACAACCUGCCUGCAAUCAAUGGCUACAUCCACAUCAUAGACCAGAUUCUGGCUCCAUCCCACUCAGACCUCCCCCCCGAGCCCCCCACCCUGAUGGCCUUCCUGAACUCCUCUUCCACCUUCACUCUGUUCAGACAGUACGGUCUGAUGUACAAUCUGUCAGAGGAUCUGGGUGUGGUUGAUUUCACCCUCCUUCUGCCAACAGAUGAUGCCAUCCGGCAGCACCUCAGCAGGACUAACUCCUCCCUACUGGACUCUGAUGUGUUUAAGUACCAUGUGAUUCUCAAUGAGCUGCUCUUCCCUGACCACCUGUCUGACGGCAUGCUGAAAAGCACACUGCUGGGCAGCGACUACCAAGUCCAGUUCCACUUAAAUGACAACAACCAGACAGUUGUGAACGGCGUUCCUCUUGACGGCAGUUUCAUCGAGACGCAGAAUGGUGUCAUCAUAGUCCUCCCUCAGGUCCUCAAAGUCCACCGCAACAGAUGCAGCAAGCAUGUCACCCUGCAGGUCAACGGAAGAUGUUCAGACUGUAAAGGACCACCUCGAUGCCUAUUCAACUACAAACCAAUCAUGGAACAGUUUCCAGCCAACAUGCGAUCCAACUGUAAAUACAGUAAGCGAAUCGGAUCCAGGAGGAAGAAAAUGCCAGGCUGUGUCAUCAAAUGUCUUCGGUUAACCACGGAUCAUUCCUGUUGCCCCGGUUACUAUGGCCACGAGUGCUUCAAAUGCCCCGGAGACGUUGGCAGCUGGUGCUACAAUCACGGAGAGUGUCAGGACGGUAACUAUGGAAACGGGGAGUGCCGUUGCUUUGAGGGAUUUCACGGCACCGCGUGUGAGGACUGUGAGCCAGGACGAUACGGAAACAACUGCUCCUCCAAGUGUGUGUGUGACCACGGGAAGUGUGAGGACGGUCUGGCAGGAAGUGGCAGGUGUAUAUGUUAUAAAGGAUGGAAAGGAGCUUCCUGCUCUAUAGAGUAUUUCCUCUGCUGCAGCUGUAUUACAGGACCCAAGGGUUCAGCUCCUGCCUGUGUGUGCGUUGCUGGAUAUGAAGGCAAUGGAACUUACUGCAAAGAGCUGGAUUUGUGCCGCAUGUCUAACGGUGGAUGUUCAGAAUUUGCCGUCUGCAUGAAGGUCUCAGCAGGAGAGAGGACCUGUACAUGUAGUGAGGGGUACACUGGAGACGGGGUCAUCUGCCUGGAGAUUGACGGCUGUCUGGUCAACAAUGGAGGCUGCCAUAAGUCAGCAGAGUGCAUCAGAACAGGCCCCAACAUUACAGCCUGCAGGUGUCCUACGGGCUUUCAAGGAUCAGGGAGGUUCUGUUACCCUGUCAACCCCUGCAGAAAUAACAAUGGCGGCUGCAGUAAGCAUGCUCGCUGUGAGUAUAUGGGUCAGGGUCAGAGGAACUGCUCCUGCCUCAGAGGCCACGUGGGCGAUGGCUUCGAUUGCCGGGGAAGCACCUACAAUGAGCUGUUCCGACAAUCAGAGAACAUCGUCUUCAGUCGAAUGUUAUCUAUGUCAGGCUCUCGUGGUCUUUAUGGUGAGGGACCGUUUACUGCCUUUUCACCUGUAAAGGAAACCAACAACGACUCCUCUUCUUUCGAGAAAUGGAAACAGUUUGGCCGUCUUCCUGACCUGGUUCGUUACCACAUCGUUUCCUGUGAGACUUUGACCUUAAGUGACCUCAAAACCACCAAGCUUGCUGUUUCAACGUCGGGACACACACUGCACUUCAGCCUGCAGCAGGGUUCAGUCUGGAUCAACAACAGAUCGAGGAUCGUGAAGAGUGAUUACGUCACAUCUAACGGAGUCAUUCACCACAUCGACACGCUGUUGAUGCCCUACAGGCUGCAGGACAAACCAGUCCUCCUGUCUAACAUGAUGAACUUUACGUCAGCAGCGAAGUUUUAUGGCUACAGCCGCUUCUACAAACUCGUGGAGGAUGCAGGGUUACUUCCUGUGCUCCAGAUGUCCAUCCACCAGCCGUUCACCAUGUUCUGGCCCACUGACAAGGCCCUCAACUCCCUGCCAGCUGAAAGACAGCACUGGCUCUCCAGCCCCGAUCACCGAGACCAAGUGGCUGCCUUGGUGAAGGCUCACAUCAUACGCAAUUCCAAGGUGAUGGGUGUCAGUCAGCCGGAUAAAUACUCGUCCUUUCGCACCAUGCAUGGAUCAACCAUCAAGUACAGCUGUGACAAGACGCUGGUGGGUGCUGUAUUGAUUAAUGAGAACGCAGCCCGGAUAGUGGAGCGCUACCUGGACUUCAAAGAAGGUGUGGCCUAUGGCAUCGACCAGUUACUGGAACCACCUGGCCUGGGAGCACUCUGCGACAGCAUGGAGAACAGAACCACUCACGGGCGCUGUGGACACUGCCUCUUCCCUCCAUCCUGCCCCUUCAGACACCAAGACACGGGAAAGACAGAGCAAUGUUCGCAAUUUAGGUCCUUCAGGUAUGGCCGCCGCUACCCAUCUUUCCAUGACCUGGAUGAUCUUGGGGGCCGGCCGGGCUGUAAGAGAGUUUGUCAGUUUCCUUCCUGGGUCCAGAAGUGCUGCAAAAACCACUACGGCCGAGACUGUCAAGUUUGUCCAGGUGGCUUAGAGGCCCCUUGUGGUAACCAUGGUGACUGUGACGAUGGGAUGCGUGGUUCAGGAAGAUGUAGGUGCCAUGAAGGUUUCAGAGGAACAGCCUGCGAACAUUGUACCACCAACCACUACGGCCCCAAUUGCACAGUCUGCAGUUGUGGGGCGCAGGGAAGGUGUGAUGAAGGCAUUGAAGGUUCUGGACAGUGUGUCUGUAACCCGGGCUGGGAGGGUGAUUACUGCCAGAUCGAUUUAGGUUCCAUCCCAGAGGAGUGCCGGGGGUGCCAUGUUCAGGCCGACUGUGUGCCAGGUGUUGGUUGUCAGUGUCAAUCUGGGUUUCAAGGGAACGGCACCUUCUGCAGUCCAGAGCCACCUCCAGACCUCUGCUCCGAGUACAAUGGUGGCUGUCACCAGAACGCAGACUGUAACCAGACGGGACUGCUCGUCAACUGCAGCUGUCACAGCGGUUACCAAGGAGACGGCUACUCCUGUGAGCCCAUCAACCGGUGUAUUGAAGAGCAGAAUGGUGGCUGCAGUGACUUUGCCACCUGCAAGUUCACUGGUCCAAACGAGCGUCAGUGCGAGUGCCUGCCGGGGUACUUGGGUAAUGGAGUCCAGUGUCUGGAGAAGGUUGUGCCCCCUGUUGACCGCUGCCUGGAAGACAACGGAGACUGCGACCCUGUGGCCAUCUGCAAGGACCUGCAUUACCAUGCCAACACAGCCGGAGUGUUCCACCUGCGCUCUCCAGACGGGAAGUACAAGAUGAACUUCAGUCAGGCCGACGCUGCCUGCCAGGCCGAGGGCGCUGCGCUGGCCAACUUUAAACAGCUGGGAGAUGCACAGCAGCUGGGGAUGCAUCUGUGCGUGGCCGGCUGGAUGGAGGGGGGGAAGGUGGGAUACCCGACCCGCUUCCCCUCGGUCAAGUGUGGAGACAACCACGUAGGCCUGGUUAUCUACAAAGAACCUGUGGACCAGAGCAGCAUGUACGACGCCUACUGCUACAGGCUCAAAGAUGUUUCGUGUGUGUGUCCCGCAAAUUACAUUGGAAACGGAGACUUCUGUAACGGCGUCCUGACUAGUGUCCUCGCAACAUACAGCAACUUCUCCAUCUUUUACAAGUUGUUGUUGGACUAUAGCGGCCGGUCCUCAGAGGGCAAACAGCUUGUUGAAUUUAUGUCUCACAGGAAGUCUGAGGUCACGCUGUUUGUUCCUCACAACGCCGGCUUUGCCUCAAACCAGACUCUGUCUGAUAGAGAUCUUGAGUAUCACAUCUCAACCAAUCACAGCAGACGACCAUUCAAGGAUCUAAGACACCAGGAAGUCAUCAUGUCCAGGCUUGGGUUCAACCUGACUGUUACCCACGGCAACAAUGAGAGCUCUAAGCUGGUGAACCAGCUGCUGCUGUUGGAGUGGGACAUUCCUGCUGUAAAUGGGAUCAUCCACGUCAUUGAGGCCCCGCUGACAGCACCCCCUGCACCGAUCUCCCAUCAUGCUUCCCAAGGCCACGCCCACUCAAGCGGCACGGUGUCGGCCAUCUUGGUGUCGGUGUUGCUGGUGUGUGUGUUGGCUGCACUCGGCUACUAUGUCUUUAAACACAAGAAUGACGCCUUCCGCUUCCACUACUUCAGGAAUGAGGAUGAGGACAGUGCGGCGGGCGGCAGAACAAAGCCCACGCUGGUCUCCAUCCCCAACCCUCUGUACAGCGGCUCCAGAGCCUUCAGCGAGCCGUUUGGGGAUGCCAGUCAGGGGUUUGAGCCAGCAGAACCUGAAGAACCUCCAAAGAUUCUGGACCUGGACCAGUAGAACCAUUCAAACUGGCUUUUUUCUCUUUUCUUUUUCUCAGUUCAUCUGUAUCCAAAUAAGAAAUAAAAUAUGUCCGUUUACUUAA